CUUAUCCAUUUCACAAUUAUUUCUUUUUAAAUAUAAUAAUUCGAAUUUAUAAUAUUAUGCUACAAAGUUCCUGCGCGUGACAAUACUUGUUAGGAAACAAAUCUGUAAAUGGAAUUUAGAUACAAUCUUCAAGAACUUCAAACUGAAUUUGAAUUCGCGCGCCAAUUCCCAUAAAGCGACGGCCAGCGCCACAAUGAUUAAAACCGUAAUUCAUUUCAAACGAAGGCUCAUGAACAUUUCCUUUCUUUUUUUAUAUAAUACUUUUUCAUUUAACUCAUUUGUUUUCGGUAGACAAUGAAUGUGAACAUGUUCAUUUGUAACACUUGUUUCAUCACAUUUGAGAGAAUACAGAAACCAUUCUGUUUAACGCAAUGCGGCCACAUAUUCUGUCAGAGAUGCAUAGUACAAGCAGAGAAACAGUGUCCUCGAUGCCACCAAAUUAAUGUCGGUUUUAUGGAAUUACAAGAGUCAUCGUUAACUGGAGUAGAAAAUCUUUUUUCUCCUGUAGCUGAAUCUCUGAGGUCAUUGGCCAACACAUGCGAAUUUCAAACUAAUCAAGAGAAAAUCACUCUUCAGCGUUUUCACGAUAUUGACAAGAAAUAUGAAAUGUUGAAGACCUGUUGUUGUAAUAUGAAUCAAGCUAUAAAAGCACUCAAAGACAAGUAUAUUAAACUUAAAAUGGAUACAGCUGAGAAACGUAAGGAACUUAUGUCUAUUGAAAUGCAUAAUAGGGUGUUAAAUUCUUCAAACCAUGUCUCUACUCCAAACAAUGUUAUCAAUGAAAGAAGCAGUGGAAGGAAUACAAAAAGCUUCCAUCUCUCAUCUCGUGGAACUAAUACGUCACGUCAAUCUUAUAACAUAGGAACAGGAGAAAAGAAACUAGGAGGAUUCCAUAUAGCUAAUCCACAAUCGAUACAAUUCACCAGUCCUCGACCUAUGAAUACAAGAUCUACUCUUCAUGAAUCUUCGAAUGCAAGAUUCAGUCUUCGUCCAUCUUUAGCUAAAGGAUCUAAUUACACUUUUAGAACCUAAAUAUCAUUUAUAAUAUUUGAUAUUAUAAUUACAAUAAUUUAUAUUACGUAUUGCUAAUCUAGGUACUUGGUUAUUCAAAUAUUUGAUGAAUAAGUUACGGAAAAUAACUAUGAGAUAAGUAGAUUAUUCCAUAAGUAAAAUUAAAUAAUAUUUGAAAAAAGGGCAAAACCGGUUUCUUUAGACUUUAACAGUAUUAAAUUGUAAAUGUCGUUAAUGAGCUCUUGCACCAUUAAUUUGUAAUUGUUCUGAGUAUAUAAAUAAA